CGCCAUCCCUAGCCCAAACUGAAUGUUUUUAUUUUUCAAAAGACGAAGUUUCAAAAAUACAUAACAAAUAGUCUUAGCACAUAGUUAUAAAGUAAGGGUUAUCAUCCUAAAUUGUAAUGGAUUUCCCGGUCACCCCGUCUAAUGCAUCUGAUAGCAAUGAUAACUCUAAUACAACGCCCCAAUUUGAAACAGCACAAGAUGCUAUAAAAAGACGCAGUUCAUCAAGGUCCAUCAAAAGGAGACGAUUUGAUGAUGAGCUCGUUGAAUAUAGUUUGGGCCUACCCGGUGCAUCACUUGGGAAGGGAGAAAAAAGAAUUAGGACUCAGUCUUAUACCAGCCAGUUACCAGAAUUUCCGAUUAAUAUUCCUACGGCAUCAAUAAGCUCAGUUCCAGAGCGCAGAAAACCAUUAAACAAAGUGGCUGGUGCUGGUCACAGAUCACGUCGAAAAGGUCAAUUAAGUCAAUUAUCGACAAAAGACUUGGGCAGAUGGAAACCUACAGAUGAUUUGGCUUUAAUAAUAGGAGUUCAACAGACAAAUGAUCUCCGUAUGGUACAUAGAGGUGUCAAGUUCUCCUGCCGGUUCACUGUGGCAGAGUUGCAGUCUCGUUGGUAUGCAUUGCUGUAUAAUGCUGAGAUAUCUCGAGUGGCAGUUGCUGCAAUGAGGAAUUUGCAUCCUGAUCUUGUCGCCACUAUACAGCAGCAGGCUUUGUACUCCACUGCUGAAGAGGAAUUACUUGGCACAAUUACCAGUAAUUCUCAUCCCAUUUUAGAAAAGUUUCAAGAACUACUUGAACAGAAUCCACAUGUAUUUUACCCAACAAGAACUGCAAAGAGUAUAAUGGAGCACUGGCAGCUUUUAAAGCAGUACCACUUAUUGCCAGAUCAGUCUGUGCAACCCUUGCCCAAAAAUCCUGAUGAUCCUAUUAUGACAUUCUCGGAUGCUGAAGAUACAAUGAAUGAUGCAGAUUUGCCAGAUUACAAGGAGGACGGUAUGGAUGUGGAAAUGCAGUUAGCUGAUAGGAUCGAAAAAAAAGACAUAAGGCUGUUGGAAAACGCAUUCUCACGCUGGCAAGUCCUGGUUCAGUCAGUAGCUGGUGGAAACAUAGAGUUGGACAAGAACACUCUCGCUGUGCUGCGAGGAAGACUUGUCAGAUACCUGAUGAGAUCAAGAGAGAUCGCCGUGGGGCGCAGCACGAGGGACCACACCAUUGACGUGGACCUCAGCCUGGAGGGGCCCGCCGCCAAGGUGUCCCGGAAGCAGGCGACCAUCCGACUGAGGAACAGCGGCGAGUUCUUCAUGUCCUCGGAAGGGAAGAGGCCGAUAUUCGUGGACGGUAGACCCGUGCUCCAGGGGAACAAAGUGAAGCUGAAUCAUAAUAGCGUGAUUGAGAUCGCGGGGCUGCGUUUCGUGUUCUUCAUAAACCUGGACCUCAUCAGUGCGAUCCGUCAGGAAGCCGUGAAAGUAAACAUACCCGUGUAGAUUUAAGAAAUAAAUAAAAUUUGAUUGAAAAA